UGUCUGAGAGCGUCUGACACUUUCGUACAUCCCGGAGGUAUUCCUGUCGCUGUGUGUGGUAAUUUUUAAAUAAAUCAGUGCUCUUAAUUUCCCUCAAUUUAACCAAACUCUCCUUGUGUAAAAACCUCCAACCUAAAUGACCCUAAUUUCAAGUGCAAUUGGAUGUGUUCAUCGCAGAAUAUAGUGCUUUCGUGGCCUUGUGCAGUCCUAUCAUUUUGACACACACCCAUAACUUUUUAAUCAAGAUAUAAAAGACUGCACUUUAGCAGAAUUUCAUCAAAAUGCAAGCGAUAAAGUGCGUGGUUGUGGGUGAUGGUGCUGUUGGUAAAACAUGCCUCCUCAUCAGUUACACAACAAAUGCCUUCCCGGGCGAAUAUAUCCCAACUGUUUUUGACAAUUAUUCAGCCAAUGUUAUGGUAGAUGGGAAACCGAUCAAUUUAGGCCUUUGGGAUACAGCAGGUCAAGAAGAUUAUGACAGAUUAAGACCACUUUCCUACCCACAAACAGAUGUGUUCUUAAUUUGCUUCUCAUUGGUAAAUCCAGCAUCAUUUGAGAACGUUCGAGCAAAGUGGUAUCCUGAAGUUAGACAUCAUUGUCCCAAUACCCCAAUCAUUCUAGUUGGCACAAAAUUGGAUUUGCGUGAUGAUAGAACCACAAUUGAGAAAUUAAAAGACAAGAAACUUACACCUAUCACAUAUCCACAAGGUUUGGCGAUGGCGAAAGAAAUCAGCGCUGUUAAAUACCUAGAAUGUUCAGCAUUGACGCAAAAAGGACUUAAAACAGUUUUUGAUGAAGCGAUUAGAGCAGUUCUUUGCCCUGUAAUGCAAGUUAAACCUAAACGUAAAUGUGUGUUAUUGUAAAAAUUCUAAUUCAGAUAAUUAUGUCUAUGCUUAGACAAAAGUUCGUUUAUUGCCAGAGUUAUUUAGUUUGACUACUGUUUGAUUUUGCAGAAAUUCUGAAACAUUCAUUUUUGAAAGAAAGGCCAAUGAAACGGAUAAAUAUUACUAUUAUGGAUAAAUGUGAUUAAUUAUUGUUUUCAUUUUUACAUUAGAUAUAGAAUAGUAAUUAUCAUUACUGUGAACGUUGAUUAAUUAAUACCUUUGCAUUUAUAUUGUUAGGGACAAGAGUUGCCGUUUCAUGUUUUAACAGGUUUUGAUUAGUUUCAAUCGCAGUUUAUUUAUUUCAAUUGAAGGUUAGUGUAACAUAUUUUAAAAAUUUGAUCUCUGAGGAGAGAACUCUUGAUGCUUUAGUAGUUUGCAUUGGAGUCACACGUUUCAAAGUAUUAAUUAUAUAAGGAAAGUGAGGAUUUUACAUAGUUUCAAUUCUGGAAAAAUGUCAGUUCAGUGCUAGCCUAUAUAAAUUUUAGAUUUAGUUAAUAAUUGCAGUUGUUAUUUUAUACAUUGUUUACUGUACAGUUUUUUACUUAGUGUAGAAAACCAUUGCUUUCCAGUCUAUUGUCAAAGUUUAAGGAAAAAAAUAUGGUAUUUAAAUAUACUGGAAGGCUCAAUAUAAUGUAAAUAAGCUUGAGAACCCCUAUGUUAAUUGUUUAGCAUUUUAAAUUUUAUUAAAGUUCUAAUUGUAGCUAUAACCGAGAAUAUGUUCUAUAUUUUUGUAAUUCCUUGCUUUUUAAUUGUCUAAGCGUAACAGUAAGUGUUUCUGUGCCGGGUGGAAAACAUUCUUUACACUCUUGAUGUUUUUGUUGGAACGCCAGUACAUUUACUAAUUAAAUGGAUAAGUGUGUGAUCAUGUCAUAACAGGACUGUGUGUAUUUUGUAAAUAUUAUAGAAAAUUAUAAGUGAAGAUUUAUAGAAUAAAUAAUUACGACUAA